UCGGGCGGAAAAGGGAUCAGGCUCGAGACACGGCUGCAGUCAGUUCUCUUCAUCACUCUCGCGGUUAACGGCCAUCUUCCUUGUUCAAGACGACUGCUUUUCAGAUAUGGCUGACUACUCCAGCGUGGCACCACCGUCAUCUAACGCCGGUGGAGGGAUGAACGAUGCUUUUAAAGACGCCCUUCAGAGGGCCAGACAAAUAGCGGCAAAAAUAGGAGGUGAAACUACCCCUACAGCUACAAAUGAGUUUGGAUAUGGGGGACAGAAGAGACCCCUUGAAGACGCUAGUGAGUACCAUGAUCAACCAGAAACAAAAAAAGUUCCACCAAGUGACCCUUUUUAUGCAGUGAUGGGAGGAAUGGGUGGUCCAUCAAGGACUUUAUCAGAAGACUAUAAGGUUCCUGAUGGCAUGGUUGGCUUCAUCAUUGGAAGAGGAGGAGAACAGAUAUCAAGAAUUCAGCAGGACUCUGGAUGUAAAAUACAGAUUGCUCCAGACAGUGGUGGCAUGCCGGAGAGGUCAGUGAUGUUAACAGGCUCACCUGAUGCCAUCCAAGCUGCAAAGAGUUUACUGUCAGAGAUUGUAGACAAAGGCAGACCAUCCCCGGCAUUCCACCACAAUGAUGGAGCAGGGAUGUCCGUUCAGGAGAUCAUGAUCCCCUCUACCAAAGCAGGCCUGGUCAUCGGAAAGGGAGGAGAAACAAUCAAACAGUUGCAGGAACGUGCUGGAGUCAAAAUGGUCAUGAUUCAAGAUGGGCCUCAAAACACAGGUGCUGAUAAACCACUCCGGAUCUCCGGAGAUCCUUUUAAAGUUCAGCAAGCUAAAGAGAUGGUGAUGGACCUGAUCAGAGAUCAAGGUUUCCGGGAUCAGAGGGGAGAGUAUGGUUCUAGAGCUGGUGGAGGAGACAGUCUGGAUGUUCCUGUACCAAGGUUUGCAGUAGGAAUUGUGAUUGGCAGGAGUGGUGAAAUGAUCAAGAAGAUUCAAAACGACACCGGUGUAAGGAUUCAGUUCAAACCAGAUGAUGGCACCACGCCAGAGAGAAUCGCUCAGAUCAUGGGGCCUCAAGACAGGGCACAGCAUGCAGCAGACAUCAUAUCUGAUCUGCUGAGGAGUGUGCAGACUGGAGGGCCUCCAGGACAUGGAGGCGGAGGCAGAGGAAGAGGCCGCGGACAGGGAAACUGGAACAUGGGUCCCCCUGGAGGCCUGCAGGAAUUCAACUUCACUGUCCCUACUGUGAAGACGGGUCUCAUUAUCGGCAAAGGGGGUGAAACCAUUAAAAGCAUUAGUCAGCAGUCAGGAGCCAGAAUAGAGCUCCAAAGAAACUCUCCACCUAAUGCAGACCCAAACAUAAAGAUGUUCACAGUUCGUGGCUCACCUCAACAGAUCGACUACGCCAGGCAGCUGGUUGAGGAGAAAAUUGGGGGACCCGUUAGCCCUAUGGGAGGCCCUCAUGGGCCACAUGGAGGUCCUUCUCAUGGCCCACCUGGUCCACCCGGACCUCCUGCACCCAUGGGCCCCUACAACCCUGGACCUUAUGGCCAGGGCCCUCCUGGACCACAUGGUCCUCCGGCACAAUACCAGCCUCAAGGCUGGGGCAAUGGAUACCCCCACUGGCAACAAGGACAGCCAGAUCCCAAUAAAGCAGCGGCUGACGCUAAUGCCGCUGCAUGGGCAGCCUAUUAUUCUCAGUACCAGCAGCAACCUCAGGGCCCCAUGACACCCACCACAGGUGCCCCAGGCACAACCCAAACCAACGGACAAGGUGACCCGCAAGCUCCAGGUCAAAGUGGACAGGCAGAUUACACCAAGGCCUGGGAGGAAUAUUACAAAAAAAUGGGUCAAGGACAGCCUCAGCAGGACUACACCAAGGCAUGGGAAGAGUACUAUAAGAAACAAGGUCAAGCGGCUCCUCAGGCGGCUGCGACUGCAGCGGCGACCCAGCCGGGAGGUCAGCCGGAUUACAGUGCAGCGUGGGCAGAAUACUACCGGCAGCAGGCAGCGUACUAUGGCCAGGGAGCCCCUGGAGCUGCACCCCAGGCUCAGCAGGUACACGGCCAUUAAAAAAUUCUUUUCUCUUUAGCCUGUUUUUUUUCUCCUCUUUUUUGAUAGAUGUGCAUGUACCCUCCGUUUUUGUUGUAACAUUUGCUUCCACAGGUUUAGCAGGUUUCCAGCAGAGUCAUCAGAGCAACACUUAACCAAACUCUUUCCUCCUCAAACAGCCUUUUAUCUAUUUUUUAUUUUUAUUUUGGGAGGGUGUUGCAUAAAUGUUUCUGCUCUUAACGUGUUGUGUAUUUCUUAUGUAUUUCUUCUGCACAGGGCCAGUAAUGUGAAGUGGACAUAAAGUAAAUACUACAUUGUCAGAAAAAAACCUUUGUUAAAUGUUUGGAUGCAGACGCCAUGAUGAAGAUCUUAAUUUCAUUGGUUUGAGUGUUUAAACUAGAUCGCAGACCGGCUCCACAGUCAAGUAUAUAUAUUUUCCUUUUUGUUUUGCCACUUGUAAAUGAACGGUUUGUUUUUAGUCAGGUAAUAUUGGUCAUUCCAGAUCCUGUACCUCUUGUAUCAUUAUGUAGACUAAACUAUAGUCAUUUCCAUGUAAAUCAUCUCAGUUUUAAUAUGAUAUGCCUGUUGUGUUUUGCAAUAAAACAAAAUGAAACCUCCUGUGUUGGUAAGUGGGGUGCAAAGGUGGGGAACAUCUUGUCAAUUUAUUUCCUGUUUUGGGGAGGGUGGGGGGUGCAGUAUGCCUAAAGGGAUGGAUUUCUCUCUUUCUCUGUCCGUAUAUACUGAAUGGAUAUUUUGCUCUCCUGUUGUUUUUUUAUUAGUCUCUCUUCUACUGUCUAUGCUGAUUUUUAUUUUGAUUCCUGGUCUAUUUUAAAUCAUGAACUCGUGUGACAUUUGCUUGAAAAAUGGAUGCUUUUGUUUUUAUACUGCAUUUUUACUGGUCAUUGCUGUGAAUGUAGGAAUAGACAGGUUAUCUAAGGCAAGGUGACUUGGUGUUGGCAAGGUAUGUGACACAUGCAAUAACUCUGGAGUGCUGUAGUGUUGCUCAUUAUUAUUAUUGUGCUGUAUUUCAUCUGGUUUGAGGUAGUGUGCACUGUUAAUGAGAGCCAUUUCCUCCCUCACAGGCAAGUUAGGAAAGCGGUAAGAAAGUAUGCGUUUUUCCAAACUGUUCUUUGAUAUUGUGACUGCAAACAUGUUGCAAGUAUUGUAGUUUGUGUUCUCCAAGUUUGCUGCUUUUUUACAGGGCAGCAAGGUGUUCUGUUUAACGGUCAUGCUUUGCAAAACGACUUGUCCCCAAUCCACAUUUGAAAUGUUUUAAAUCCAUAAUUUGUGUAUAUAUUUAUAUAACUGCUGGCAUUUCAAAACGUUUUGAUACGAUUAAAAAGCUUCAAUGCGAAAGGACUAUUUUUAUUUUUGUCUGCAAAUUGUGUGUUAGCAUUCCUCCAGUAUAGUCCCUGUAGGUUUUUGGAGACUCUGGCCUUCCACACCAGUGAAAAGAGCUCUCCUCUUGUAAGUACAACAUGUACAUGACUUGUAUGGCCCAGUUUCUGUUUUGCUGUCAAUGCAUUGUCUUUGACCAACUGAAACGCAAUGUUUUUAAAAAUCUCAAUGUUGCCCUUUUUUGGGUAAGUAUGUGAGGGUUGUCAUUUUUGAUUUGCAUUUCUCUCUUGAGUCUGUGACUUGACCCUUUUUCACAUUGGACUGUUAUUUGUACCACAACAGCUGUUUGUGAUAUACUUGCAUAUGGAGAUAUUGCCAUGUUGUCACUGUUUUAGUCUCUCUUAAGACUUUUUUCAUGCUAAACUGAAAUAUACCACAAAUGUGUCAGGGCAAAAGUCAGGACGUUUAAAUUGUGAUUUGCCAAGUGUUUUUCCACUGCAUAGUGCUUGACCCUCAGCAAAUGGCCUCAUGUUAGUAUUAAUGUGGUUUUAAGGCUGUCAGAUUCAAUGCAAGUGAUUUGAUAUGUUCAUUAGUGGCACAAUGAGCAGCGUGAUGUUUAAUUUUGCAGUGUCAUCCCUGACCUUGCACCUUAGGUUCUGCAGCAAUAACACAGGUAAGAGUAUCUUAAGAAAUCAAAGCGAUUGAACCUGUGACCUAGUUAAAUGCAUUUACUGAUGAAAAGCAGCAAAUGUGACCUCAGUCGUUUUUCUUGUAGUAAACAGGAAUGUCAUGAAAUUUAGCAUUUAAUUCUAGAAGUAUGCUGCUUCUGUCCAAAUGAAUUGCAUGGCAUAAAACAAUGUUUUUCCUCUCCUGAUGACUACAUAAUGCAGAUUAGCAUCUUUAUGUAUUUUAUACAUGAACUAUGAAUGUGUUAAUGUCUGCUCGUGGUUAAAACAUUGUGUUUAGAGUGCUAUUCUAUAGUAAUCGUUUCAUCUGCCUUAUUGUUACACACUGCAUGCAGAUGCAAUUGCAAUGAAUCCAUAGUCCGCCCUAUGAAUGAUCUGAUAAAACUGACGUAUACUGUAUGUAUGCUCAUGUUUCAAUGGUCUUGCAAGUAUUGCUGCCCCUCUGUAGUGCUAAUGUUUGUCCCACAUUGCUGCCUUCAUUCUCACUCACAGUGUUGAAGACGCUGCAGGGGUAGUUCGUAGAAUCAGGUCCCGAGCUAGUUUGUCCGUAAGGAGGAUUCCUUUGAGUCUGUCCCUCCGCUGAACGUAGACUGUUCGAGGGCUCCAAUUAUAAGGUAAAAUAAUGAUAUGAGGAAUCUGUCAAUUGCAAAGUCAAUGUUUCUGUGAGUUUAGGCCGAUGCUUUUCUGAUGACCUGUCGAAGUAUAUUAUUGGCUCUCUGAAAUGUUCUCUUGAGUACAUGCUUUGCCUUUUGCUGAUAAGCGUAGGGACUUAAUGUGCAUCAAUGUUAUACAGUUGGACCAUGACCAGGAAUUGUUUUUCUUUUCUUUUUUGAGUACUUUUUUCUGCCGGUUUGGCGCUUAAAUGGAGAGUUUCUUUGAACCUAUUUUGUCCAUUGCUGCAUAUCUUCCCGUAUGCAUGCAAGAUGUGCUUUCCUUUUGAGCAAAUUGUUCACAACAGAAUUCGUGGGGGUCUUAAAAACGAAGAGAAAAUCGGAGGCUAGCUGAGAAAUUUGGAGCAUGCCUUUGAGGUAAAACACAAAUGCUAUCAUGAACUGUUGAAGGUGUUAAAUGUACUUGUGCUUUUUUUGCUGAGUACUGUUGGUCUGAAAUGUUGAAGGUUGUUGCCAUUGUCAUCAAUAAAAUUGUAAUCACUGAAAA